GGACACACAUCACACAAUGGGAUUUGAUUCAAUACAAGAAGAAAGCUGCUGCUCCUUCUGCUGAAGAAUAUGAUGCUAGAUAUAUCAUGCCACUCAGCAAUUUCAAGAAGAAAGUUGAAUACACUAAUCCAAUUCGCAAAUACAAUGAGAUGAUUGGAAGUACUUCUUCCGGUAUUUCUUUUCUUGUGUUGACGGAGCCGGAGGAUAUUUGUAAGGAUGGAGGUUUGGUAAAAAAGAUACUCAAGCCCGGGGAUGACAAAUAUCAACAUGUUGAUGAUUAUGUUUUAGUUAAGUAUGAAGCACGUCUUGAUGAUGGAACUCUUGUUAAAAAAUCUGAUGAUUAUGGAGUGGAGUUCACACUCAACGAUGGUCAUUUUUGUCCUGCAUUGUCAAUCGCUAUUAAGACCAUGAAGAUCGGAGAAAAAGUCAUUUUAACUGUUAAGCCACAAUAUGGAUUUGGUGACAAGGGCAAGCCAGCUCACCAUGAUGAAGGUUCAGUUCCACCUAACGCAACAUUGCAGAUUAUUCUCGAGUUUGUUUCUUGGAAGGAAUGACCUUUUCGUAAGAUGGUCCUCAAGGAAGGAGAAGGAGACGACUGUCCAAAUGAGGGAGCUCUUGUGAAAUUGAAACUAAUUGGUAAGCUGCAAGAUGGCACUGUAUUUUUUAAGAAGGGAUAUAGUGAUGGUGAUGAAGUGGAGCUGUUUGAAUUUAAAACAGACGAGGAGCAAGUGAUUGAUGGGCUUGAUAGAGCUGUACUGACCAUGAAGAAGGAUGAGGUAGCUUUGUUGACUAUUGCGCCUGAAUAUGCUUUUGGUUCAUCAGAGUCUCAGCAGGAAUUGGCAGUGGUUCCUCCUAAUUCAACCGUGUAUUAUGAGGUUGAGCUAGUAUCAUUCGUAAAGGCUAAGGAGGUAUCGGACAUGAACACCGAAGAGAAGAUAGAAGCUGCUCUUGAGAAGCGACAAGAAGGUGUAGCAUUAGUUUAUGCUGCUGAAUAUGCAAGAGCUUCUAAAAGAUUUCAGAAGGUAACCAGGUUACAUUAAUAUAU